GCUAUAUCAUGCCAUUGACCCAGAUGUACGUAGCCUAUGUUUAUUUGUUUGGUAUGUAGUGUUAACUGUGUUGUCUUCCUGCAACAGAGAACCACUGGACCUUCAGAAACCCAGCAUUGCUACUUACAGAAGAUAUGGAUACCAGCUUUUCCAGUAUCGAGACUUUGGAAGCCACACAAACCACCUUCAAACCAGACACAGACUGUACCUCUUGUAGUCCAAGAAACUGAAGUCGACGUGGAAUUCUGCACCACAUAAUCGAUGAACAUACAUGGACUGAAGGAGGGACUGAGCAUAGCUGUCAUCACCCACCUCUCACUAGAAAACAUGGGGCAUUUCAAACACACAGUGCAUAAGGCAUUCAGUGGAGCUGCACCUUAAGGCAAUAGUAAUGGAUCUAACAGAUGAUGAAACAAUAUAGGAAUGUCGGAAGAAGGAUGCUCCUAAUAAUGUUGCUCUGCCUCCCAAGGACUUUUGAAGCAACUGUUCAAGUGGAUGACAGUAUUCAAGUCAUCAUUGGAGAUGGUGUUGACUUAAUAUGCAAGCCAAAGCAUGCUGAUAAAAUCAUCCAAAUUGUAUGGAUGAAAAGAAGAAAUGGAACUGAAAUCAAGAUAUACACAAUUUUAUGGAAUGGGGACAUUAUCCCGGAAAAUGUCAAUGGACUCAAAGAACGUUUGAGAUUUGUUGGUAAUGCAGUUGAAGGUGUGGGAACGAUACACUUAGAAAAUGCAAGAACUACUGAUGAAGCAGUUUACAUCUGCAGAUUAAUAUUAUUUCAAAGUAAACAUGUCAGCAAAGGAAUCCAGCUCCAGGUUCAAGCCCGGCCCAACAUAAGUACCCCCAGUGUUACACCUGUAGUUGGUCUGACUGACGUAGUACUCGCAGUCUGCAAUGCAGCUGAGGCUCGUCCACCUGCUGAGGUUACAUGGAACACAGGUUUACUACAUAACAUCAGCAGUGACAUCACUGAGAACCCAGAUGGAACAACCACUGUCACCAGUCACCUGUUGGGUGUGCCUUCUAGAGACAUCCACCAUAAGGUCGUCCAGUGUUUAGUCAGACAUCCCACCUUUAAUUCAGUACAGAUCUUCAACUAUUCACUGGACAUCCACUAUCCUCCUCAUUCAGUGAAAAUAAAGCCCACUGCGAGUACUGCUAAUCCCCAAGAGUUUCUGUGUGAAGCAGAUGGCAAUCCAGAGCCUGAACAUUAUAUUUGGAGCAGAGAUGGAUUUCUUCUGCCCACUGAUGGAGUGCAAACGAAGAACAACACACUGUACUUUUCUUGGUUACUCCCAGAGUUAAAUGGCAUGUACACUUGUGAGGCUUCCAACAAGUAUGGACAUGCAACAGGCUCACUUCAUAUGUAUAUACUAAGCCCAAGACAUCGAUAUGUUCUUGUUGGUUUGCUUGUUUCGGUUGUGUCCCUUGCUGUGGGUAGUUAUUUUUCAUAUUCCAGGUCAGGUCAGGAUCUACCUUGUGAACAGAGGCAACAAGAGUUUGGAGGCAAUCAAGAGGAAAGAGCAGAUGAAGAGGAGGUUGGAGACGAACCAGUGUAAUCUCCCAUGCCUUUAUGUGCUGCUGCUGCAUCUGCUGCUAUUUACUGCCGCUGCUGUGUUUAUGUAAUGCUGCUGCUGCUGAGUAGGUGCAGAUGCAGCAGUCAGGAUUCUCAAGGCUCCUUUGUGUUUGUGCUUAAAUCCACAUUCUUCAUCAAAGUGUCUGUGUAAGGACAUAUUCCUAGUUUCAUUAGCUUGUUAUCUAGCAAACUUCAUCAGUGAAGUUGCACUACACUGCAUCAUCAAUGUACAUGUUUAUUCAUAUAUGUGUGUCAAUGUACAUGUUUAUUCAUAUAUGUGUGGUAUACUUAAGUAUGAUGCCAGUGUUCUUGAUUUUAUGCUUGUUUUGUGGUUGUAGAUCAUGUUUAUGCAUUUGUCUACAUGCUAGGUCCCUCUAAAACUAUCAAGGAGCUGUACACUUCUAACGAUGGAUCAAAAGCAAUAAUGACAGCCACCCACUUGGUCUAUAGACAAUAACAUAUGUUGAAAAAUAUAAGUAAGUUCCCCUGGCUGAGGAUCAAUGAUAUUGCAUCUAAAUACCCCUUUAUAUUGGCAGGCUGUACAGUAUCUCUUACACACAGUAAAGACAUAAUUAGUUGUUUACUUAUGAUAUCAUUUAAUGUAGCUGUAGGAAAACCAGCAAACAUUCAAAUUGAAGUGCAGAAAAUUGAAAACAGGUUAAAUCGCACAACAGAUAGGUCUCAAAGAAGGGGUACCUGGCAAUAUAGCUCUCUUUAGUGUUCAUAUCAGUCCAUUUGUACGGCUUUAAAUGAGGAUCAAUUUCAAUAACACCAACUGAUUUUUAUCCUGGCCACUGCAUGGCUUUUAUAUUAAAUAUCUUACAUUGAAGUCAGAGCUGGCCAUAUACGGAGUUAUAUCUCUCAAAGUACUGGCUGCUCUGGUGUCUUCUAAUCCUCUGGUCUUGUCUUUGGUCAAGGUGUUCAGGAGUUCUGCUCUGUGGAUGUGAAUAUACAAACAUGAAAACAUCUUUAUAGUUUCCAUUCAAUGUAUGCAGCAAAGUACUUUGAUAGUGAAAUUCACAAGCAAGCUUGACAGGGCAGUUAUGAAUUUGAUCAAGCUAGAAUUCUUAGCCAUUGGUCUAGAGAGGUCUCAGCAUGAUUAUGAGCCCUUUAUAUUGUAGAAACAUUACUCACUUCAUUGGGCUGCUGGAGAGUAGAUGCAUUCUGCUUUUUCUUUAUCCUGCAGGCAAUACAUAUUUUGUUGUUGUAUGUGUCAUACACAAACAUGAUAACACAACUAGUUUACUUAAGAAGAGACAGAUUAACUCAGUCUUACACACUGACCAGUCAAUAGGUUUGGCCUUUCAUGGAUUUUUUAAUUAAUAUUUGUCAUGCAUGGCACUUCACAAGACAAUGUUGAGAAGUCAACCAAUACAAGACUGUCAUUCCAAUAUAUUGAUAAAAACACCUCUUACUUGUUAUCUGUAUCUCAUUUGAGUGGGGCAUUCAUAUAUUAGAUUGCUUUUGGAAUGUUUUAAAUGCACUGAACAACUGAAAUACACUGAUCUUUCCAUUUUGGCAGAUUUAGCACCCCUCAUGGUUUUCUGGACAUCCACAUAAAUAACUAGAUGUACUGUAUCGCAUAACGGUACAAAAUAUGGCCGCCGCUCAGUCCUGUACAUCCGUUCCGCGGAAAAAAAUCACACUUAUCAAUUAUCAACAAGUUUGUGUUGUAUGAUUGCAAUAAAUAAAGUGGAGAAAGAGUCUCAUGUUGACAAUGCAA